AUGGCUCCUUCUAACCCGGUUACUCCGCCGGCUCCUCAAGAUGCGCCAACUCCACCUGCACCUCCAGCAGUGGAGGCUCCCAGGCAUUCCAUGUCGACAAGGUCAAAACAUGGUAUUACAAAACCAAAACAAAUCUUUUCUCUUCUUGCUAAGCCUUUCUCUGCUCUUCCAAAAAGCCAUAUACAAGCCUUAAACGAUCCUAAUUGGAAUCCAUCUAUGACUAUAGAGUACAAUGCUAUUGUUAAAAGCGAGACUUUUGAUCUUGUGCCUCGCCCUUCUAACACUAACAUUGUGCGCUCAAUGUGGUUAUACAAACAUAAGUAUGAUGCAGAUGGCAACUUUAAAAGCCACAAGUCUCGUUUGGUGGCUAAUGGCAAGUCGCAGGAGCAAGGAAUAGACUAUGACGAGACUUUCAGUCCCGUUGUGAAGCCAGCAACGAUACGCACCGUCUUGAAUUUGAAUCAUAUUAUAAAUAGUUAA